CGAAUAGCGCUAUGGGCGAGAGACAUGGGAGGGAGAUAAUUACAGGAAACUGAUUGACCGGUAACCGGUUGGAUUGUUGGUAACCCGACUUACCUGAAAUAGUCUUUAGCUGGAGAGAGAGCAUACCUGGAACACAGGUCAAAUCUUGUUGAGGGGGCACCUACGUCUGAUUCUGAGAUGGGGACUAUUUUGAAAGGCAGAAGAGUGGGCUACUGGCUCAGCGAGAAGAAGAUCAAGAAGAUGGAUUUCCCGGUUUUCGUGGAAAUGUGCAGGAAACAAGGCAUAGAAAUGGUUCAGCUGGAUCUGAAUCGGUCUCUGGAGGAGCAGGGCCCUCUGGAUGUCAUCAUCCACAAGUUGGCUGACCUGAUCACGGAGGUGUACCAGAACGACACACAGGCCCUGCUAUGGGUACAGAGUCUUCAAGAUUACAUCGAGGCCCAUCCUGAAAUGGUGGUACUGGACCCGCUUCCAGCCAUUAAGACUCUGUCGGACCGCUGCAAGUCCUACCAACUCAUCCGUAGGCUUGAAGAAUUCAUGAAAGAUGAAAGGAUCUGUUCUCCACCUUUCAUGGUCCUGAGGAGUGAGUGUGGAACUGACACGCUCAGACACAUCCAGAAACAGGGCAUUACCUUCCCGUUCAUUUGUAAAACUCCUAACUCCAACUCCCAUGAGAUGGCCAUCAUCUUUAGUGAGGAGGACCUGAAAGAUGUCAAGCCUCCAUGCGUGAUCCAGAACUUCAUUAACCACAAUGCUGUGCUCUACAAGGUUUAUGUAGUGGGAGAUUCCUAUACUGUGGUGGAGAGGCCUUCAAUCAGGAACUUCCCUUCUGGACCUGUAGGGAGGAAAUCCAUUUUUUUCCACAGUCAUAAUGUGUCCAAGCCAGAGUGUUCCUCCGACCUGAAUUCUAGGGACAAUGUCGAAGGGGUGUCCAGGGUGCCCAAUGAUAACGUCAUCAGGGACAUGACCAGGUUUCUACGACAAGCACUAGAUGUGUCCCUGUUUGGCAUUGACAUCAUCAUUUGUAACCAGACAGGACGGCAUGCGGUCAUUGACAUCAAUGCAUUUCCAGGUUAUGCAGGUGUCCCAGAGUUCUUCAACCAUUUACUCAGUCACCUCAUUAGUGUUCUCCUUGAAAGAGACCAGAAGACCGGUGUUUUUGGGGGACAACCUGCCACCACAGCCUUGGCCAAUUGUGGAAAACCUUGCAUGAUCCAGGAAAAAGAGGCUAACACCUGGAUCGUAGAGGGAGAUUGCAUCAAAAGGAUUGGCAGUCAGGGUGCGGAAUGCCACACUGAAGUUUCAGUCAACUUUCAAAAUCAUUAUGGGUCUUCUACCCCCAGCAAAGCCUCCUCACAAUAAUGCACAGUCCCAUAGUUGUGACAAACCAGAUCUUCUAUACAUUGUAUGUAAAGCUCCACUUUAAAAUGCUAGCUGAAGGCAAGACCACUCUAGAUUUCUUACAGACUUGAAUUAUUUCUUUAAUCUUUGGACUGCUUCAGAGCUUAAAUGAUUAAACUGGUGAUGUCAAACCAAUAUUAACGGCCAUUGACCGGAAAAAACACAUUUUCUUUAGGAAAGGUAUUUUUUUCUAACUAUCAUUAAAGAAUUAUGAAGGAUUUCAGCAGUGCCAGUUUAGGUUCCUUUGGUAAACGUUCUGAUCACAUGCCAGCUAUUCAAUUUCUGUCAAACUACUAACUGUAUCAAAUGCUGUGUGUGGUUAUGUGUCAGCCUGAUAUCUAAGCGAUCUGAUAAUGUAUUAUUAACAACAAUGUAAAUACGUAUGUAAAUACAAAUGUGCAUUUGGUGAUUCUAAAUAGGUAUGAAUAAAUAUAUAC